AAAGAAAGAGCGUCUCUUUUUCCUUGUCUGGCUGAACUGCGCAACCGCGGCCAAAUUUAACUGAAUUUCUGAAUUUUACCGCUAAAAGGCAGUCUCUUGACUAUUUGUGAGAACUGUGUGAGUCGUUUUCCUUUGUCCUCGUCUUUUAGCCGUAGACUCGAUAAAAAGCAUAUUUUAUUAGCACACCAGUUUUAUUAUAAGGCUACAUAUUUAUUCCAUUGCUGUGAAUGCGUUUUGGAAUCCAGCGAUUCACAGAACUUUGAUAAAUAAUUAUUACCUGUUUGCCGCCUUUUAUAGGCUUACAGAAUAGAUUAGUUUUUAUUUGUGUUAUUUUACUUGUUUUUGUGAAAAACACAGUUUAUAUUUAGUUCAUUUGUUAACUGUUUUUAAAAAUUGCUAAUUAUUACUCCUUGUUAAUUGUUUACUACGUUAAGUGAUAUCAGUGUGAAUAAUCGAACAUGGAAGCUCAUACUUCACAGUCCCAGACCAAAAACAAAAAGUGCCCACUUUGUGAUUUGGAAUUUUCAUGUGUUUCAGCAAGGAAUAGACAUAUGAAAAAUUUUCAUAACCAAAUAUUAAAUACAAAUGCUAGGAAAUCACAUAUUAUUUGCCCACUGUGUACUGAAAACGAGAUAGUUUGUGGAAGUUACAAGAUAUUGGAAGAACAUUUGGAGGUAAACCAUGGAAUAAAAUUGGAAAUAGAAACGCAUAACUUUGCUACAAGGGAAAGUUAUGAAGAGUGGUUUGAAGAACAGAAGAUUAAGACAAAUUAUGUAUCCGCCAGAUCCAAAAAAAUUAAUGAAUAUGUGGAAAAAUCUUACAAUUGUAAUCGCAGUAAUUCAGAAGGACACAUCAGCAAAUGUUCUAAAAGGACAGAGAAGGCUGGCGGUUCAAUAAAAAUAUAUGGAAUUUGCCCAUCUCGUUUGAAUAUUAAAAUCUGGCAGACAGAAGAGACUACUGUAAAAUUCUGGAAAUCACACGUAGGUCAUGAAGAAGAGAUCAGAAGUCAGCACUUGUCAGAGAAGGAAAAAAACGAAAUAGUUUCAAAGUUAUCUAGUGGUGUAACUGUAGAGAGAAUUAUUUCUGAUGCUAGAAAAAUAACAUCUGAGACUGAGAACAUUCAAAGGAUAAAUAUACUGAAUAGGAAAGACGUGUCAUAUCUAAUGAAGAAACAUAAUAUAAUGAAGAAAAAACACGAAAAUAGCAUGAUAGCUGUAGCAUUAAAAGUGGAAGAGUGGAAUGCUAAUGGCAAAAAUUAUUGUUUCUUCUUCAAGCAACAAGGUGAAAGUCAUCCAGUAUUACGUGUAGAAGAUUUUUGUUUAGGAUUUAUGAAUGAAAUUAUGGAACGUAAAUUAAUGGAUUGCUGCAGAAUAAUCUGUAUGGAUGGGACACACUGCACAAAUCAAAAGGGGAUGGAUUUAACUAUCAUGCUAGUGAAAGAUGAUAGAAAUAUGGGUUUUCCAGUGGCUUUCUUUCUAAGUAAUAGAUUAGAUCAGGUAGUUCAAGAGGUUUUUUUGCAGGCGCUGAGGGACAAAGUUAACAGAGUAAUAGAACCACAGUAUUUUAUGACAGAUGAUGAUUCAAAAUACUACAACGCAUGGGUAAAAACAAUGGGAACAACACCCAGAAGACUUCUGUGUAGCUGGCAUAUCAUUAAAAAUUGGGUUAUUCAAGGAAGAUCGAAAAUUCGAAACGAAGAAAUCAAAAAAACAAUGAAGACAGAUUUAAAGAAAAUACUUAAUGAGACCAAAGUGGAGAAGUUUGCACAGUUGACUCAGAAAUAUUUUCAAAAACUGCAAAAUGCUGAUGAACAUGUGUUUUUGAACUACCUCACGAAAUAUUAUUACCAAAGUGAAGAAAGGAUUACAAUGUGGGCACAUUGUCACAGAAUAAAUGCAGGAAUUAAUACAAAUAUGGCACUGGAAAGUUUGAACAACCUACUCAAAACUAAUCAGUUGAAGAGAAAAUCAAAUAUUACUAUUGACAGACUAUUGGAAGAAAUUGAAAAUUUGGUGGAUGGAAAAAUGUGGCAAAGGAUUCUAAUGUUUGAAAGACCACACUCAAAUACAUACCAAGAUAGAAUUGUGACGAAAGCACAUAAGUUAGCGGAAAUAAUGAAAGCUAACCAUGUAGAGGUACUGGAGGUAGGAUUUGGAGAAUUUAGAGUUAAAUCUUCCACAGGUAACAGUUUUUAUAAAAUACUAUAUAAAGAAUUAUGCGAAACAGAAUGUAAAACUUUAUAUUGUAAAAUAUGUAAGGUGUGCAUUCAUCGCUAUAUAUGUGAUUGCCCAGAAUAUGCUAUAAAAACUACCAUUUGUAAACAUAUACAUUUGGUAUGUUUGCAUGAGCAUAGGCCGGGAAGCGAAUCUGUUUUAGGAGAUGUUGCUCAAUUACUUUCAAAGAAUAAGUCAUCAGACAUUAAAGAAGAACAUAAAGAAGAAAUUGAAGAUUUUAUUAGAGAGAAGAGAUCUAACAACAAUGAUUUACCUAUGAUAGAUGAUACAGAGGACUACAAUUUGACACAGCGGACAGAAAUUGCUAAUACUUUUAAAAACUUUAUAUUAUCCUUAAAUGGCGAGGCUUUCAAAAGGGUUGUGGGGAAAUAUAGUUUAAUAAUGGAUCAAGAAAAUAGAUUAGCAGGGCAUAAAAGGAAAAUGGAUAAACAAGAGUUCUUUCCAACAAAGCGAAGGAAGUAGAGUAUUGGUUUAGGGCUUUAUUUAUUUUAUAUUUCUGUGGGUUGGUUCUGGUUCUUGGUCUUAUUUAAGUAAAUAUGUAUUGACUAUUGGUUAAGGGUUUUUAUAUUUAUUUUGUACUUCUGUAUAUUAAUAUGGUUUUGGUCUUAUUUAACUAAAUAUGUAUAAACUAUUGGUUAAGGGUUUUAUAUUUAUUUUGUACUUACAAUGUGGUGUUGUUUAUUGUUAUAAUUAUUGUAUUGUAUUGUUGUAUUUUCUUGAUAUAGAACACCCAUAAGUUUCUUGCAGUUUCUUCUUAUGGGCUGUAAUCGAAA